AUGGUGAUCAGCUUUAAUAAUGCGGUUAACAAAUGUAUUAUAAUUGAAGCAUAAUAAGUCUUACUUGGGAUAGAUAUAUUUGGCCAAAGUUUUACCAUAAAUGUAAAUGGAAAACGAAAUUAUACAACAGCUUGUGGGGGCAUAACUUCACUAUUAGUGAUAGCUAUGGUCAUAAUGAGUUCCUGGACUACAAUUAUUAAUUUUUUUUGGAAAUCCUCAUUAUAAGUAUCCAUUUUUUCUGAACACAAUUCUGAUUCGCCUAUUACCCAAUUAGAUUCUAAUAAUUUUAUGUUAGCUGUGGGUCUAAAAUAAUUAGAAAAUACAGAUUUACAGUACUUUCAAAUUGAAAUAUAAUAAAGGUAAGAAUAAUUGUCAUUUUAAGAGCACAUAAUAGUAGUUCUGAAGAGAUUACUAAUAUUGAAUUAGAAAAAUGCUCAAAAGAAAGACUACUACAAUUUUAAAAAACUUAAGGAUUAAAUUUAACUUAAGUCUUAGCUAAAACUCAGUUUGGAUCUCUUUUGUGUCUUAAGUAUUUAGUUUAUAAAUUUAUAGAAACAAUCAAACUUUGCAUUUUCAUCAACAGGCUUCAGGUAUUUUCUAAAUUUUUAAAAAGAUCAAUUUGAGUUUUUAAGAAUUAAUAUAAAAAAAUGCAAAAAUAUUUCCAAUUCAGAAUUCAGAUGUGCAUCUUAAGAUGAAAUAAAUAAUUUUGUAAAUAAGCAUAGAUAAUUUACAUUAUAGCUGUAUUUUCUAAAUUAUGUUUAAAAUAUUGUAAAUAUUAGAUACUGAACCCAUAUAAUGCUGGUGUAAAUUAUGUAUAAUAAUUUUUGGAUGAUUCAGUAACAAUUAGUUUUAUCCCUUAAAAAUUGUUAAGAUCAAUAACUCUAUUUUUGAAGAAAUAUAAUUUAAUUAAUGAUGAGAGUGUAAUGCCUUAUUAGUAAAUAUAGAAAUAUUAUUAGAUAAAAUAUUGAAUCUGAAAUCAAUAUAAUAUCUUCAGCAGAUAAGAUAGAAAUUGUUGAUCUAGGAAGAGAUGAUGAUGAAAUAUAUGGAUUAAUAGAUAUAAAAUAAGAUUCAUUUAUCAUCACAAUAAAAAGAUAAUGUCUAAAAUUACACACUCUACUUUCGUAGAUUGGGGGUUUAUUGUAAGCUUUAUCUUUAGUAUUGGGAUCAUUAAUUGUAUAAUACAACAAAUUACAAAGUAAAUUUAUUCCCAAUAUUUUAGUGUCAUUAGAUUUAGCAAAUCAAAUAUUUUAAUUUGAAAAAAAUGCAGAUGCAAAAAUUGAAUAGAUUAAAUAGUUAAAAGAAAUCAAUAAUGUUAUUGAAUGGUAGAAAGAACAAUUUAGAAUUGAUAAAUCUCCUAUUAGUUAAUAAAGAUAACUGUUAUAAUCUUAGAUAGAUUCACCAUAUUCUGGGAGAGAAGUAAAUAAACUGUUUUUUAAUGUAUUGAGAUCUUAGUUCGAAUUUCAAACAUCAUCUUAAAGAAAGAUAAAACUCAAUCCAAGAACUAGAAUAAUUUCGAAGUAAUUUAAUUUUGAAAAGAAUAAUACAAAAUGGGUAUAAAAGUUUGGAUAUACAAGUUCAAAGGAUUAUUUUUAAAAAUCGAUAGUAGGGAUUUUAAAUAGAUAUUCACCAUUAAUUUUAAAUUUUAAAUUUCUCAUAAAUCAAGUAACGUUUGGUAAAUUAUUCUAAUGUAAUGAUUCGAAACUUUUAGAAAAAGCUUUAAAAAAGAUUAACAGGUUAUCUGACUCAAAAUAUUUAUUUGAGAAAUUAAAUGAAAUAGAUAAGAUAAAAUAAAUAUUACUAAAUAAAGAGGAAUUAAUGAUCUUUAAUUUUACUUCUAAACCAAUAAUAAGUCUCAAAAAGAAAUAUAGAACACCAUCACGUAAUUCUCUUUAUAAAUAAUACGAUUAAUACAUUUAAAACAAGUCAAACUCAAUAGAUGAUAUCGUUUAUAAUUAUGAAUAAGCGUUAUAAGUUUAUGAAAAAAUAGAAUCAAGUAAAACUUUGUAUCCUGAAAAUUUCUAUUAAAGUCAAUUAAUAAGUAGAUUAAUUAAAUAAAUUGAUCCUGAAUUACUAAUGAUUUACAGAUUGUAGAAGUAUAUUGAAAGUUAGGAAGUAAUUGAUUAAUUGAGUGAAAAUGAAUAACAAUAAAAAAGCAUAAAUGAGUUGAUAAUAAGUGAUGAAGUAUGA